AUGUCGGCUCGAGGGAAGGUGUCUCAAAGAUCGGCGCCCAAACAAAAUGUGUCGCAAAGGACGUCAUCGCGGUCAGCACCAGCACCACCUUCAGAAAGAAGUGCGCCUUCACAACCACCGGGAGCAGCACCAGGAGAAGAGCAGGAUACAGCGACAAAAAUACUAACCACUAUUCAAAAUAUUUUGACAAGUAUCGCCAACUUCUUUUAUAACCUAUACCUUGUGAUAAAAUUCAUUGUGACGAAACCCGAUGUUGCUUGGGACCUUGUCUCUACAUCCUUUCAUUUGAUGAAAGUAUCCAAGGAAGCCGGCUUAUGGAGUUGGAAUCAACUUUGGGAAUAUGUUCUACGCACAAACAGUCGCACCGAUGAUUCAAGCGCAAAAAACCGAAGACGCAGUAAAAGGAAGUUAGUUACAGCGUAA